UUCCCCCCCUCCUACCCCCCCCCCCCCGGAUUCAACUUUUUUAUCGACUUCGGUCGCGCAAUCCACCGAAGCUGUGACCGACCUGCAUUUACAACUGGCCGCCUUCGAUUUGCCCGCUCUCUUCGGAGAACUUGACCGGAGAAUAUGAGUUCAUCCUCGGUUCAAGUUCAACCGCAGCCCUCCGGCGCCCCGAAGGGGGUCACGUCCCCCACAGGAUCGAGUCCCGGGUCCAUGAAUUUCGAUAUCGUCCGCUGCUCCCGCUGCCAGCGCUCCAUGAGUCUCGAGAACGAGUCCUCCCCGGGUGUGGUGCGCUUUGGCAUGAAUUCCUACUACUGCAGCCGCUGUGCGUCCAUGGAAAUGCGAAACAACAUCACCAUGAACGCAACCUUCGUCGCCCACUUCACCCACUGCAUGCGCAAUUCCACACGGGAGAAAAUCCGGCCCUGA